AUGUUUGACGAAGGUGAAGGGCUCGUUCACUGUAUUUACCUUGAAGCAAAGUCAGUGGAAACGUUCCGUGAAAGUGUAAACCAAAUAGAACAUAACCUGAAGCUGCAAGGUCACUCCCAGGCUGACGUGCACAAAGCUGAUGACAAGAAGGAGGAAAAGAAGGUUGUACACCCUUUGCUGUACCCAGACUCGGUUCUGUUCAAACGCUGGGGUGCAGGUUUAAGGGAAGAGGAGCAAACUGCUGCACAGAAUCUGUUCUUAAAUUAUGGCUAUAAUGUUUAUCUCAGUGAUCACCUGCCUCUGGAUCGACCUAUCAGAGACACCAGAUCUCCCAGCUGUAUAAUGAAAACCUAUCCAAAAGACCUUCCAACACUCAGUGUUGUGCUGAUAUUUAUGAAUGAAGCCCUAUCAAUCAUCUUACGUGCAAUUACUAGUAUAAUUAACCGAACGCCUUCUCAUUUACUGAAAGAAAUCAUCCUGGUAGAUGAUUACAGUUCAAAUGAUGAUCUGAAAGGACCUUUGGAAAAACACAUCAAAAAUUUUAACGCAAAGCAUCCUGGACUGCUGAAGAUUGUCAGACAUCAGAAAAGACAAGGCCUAACACAAGCCCGUGUUUCUGGCUGGGAGGCAUCGACUGCAGAUGUUGUGGCAAUUUUGGAUGCCCAUAUUGAAGUGAACACAGCAUGGGCUGAACCUAUUCUGGCUCGACUAAAAGAAGAUCGCACUGUUAUAAUAUCACCAGUAUUUGACAACAUUCGUUUUGAUGACUUUGAGCUUGUUCAGUAUUCAGUGGCUGCAGAUGGAUUCGACUGGGCACUCUGGUGCCUUUAUGAAUCUUUGCCAGCUGAAUGGUACGCUCUGAAAGAUGAAACAGCUCCAGUCCG